UACUCAUCUUUUUUGCUUUAACCUUUUCUUCAUCUUUUCAUCACCAAAAAGUCUCAAACCUUUUCAAAACAAACAAACAAUUUCACAACAAUGGUUCGAUUCAGCAACAAUCUCGUCGGAAUCCUCAACUUCAUAACCUUCCUCUUAUCAAUCCCCAUCCUCAUCGGCGGCGUGUGGCUCUCACGCCAAGGCACUUCCGAAUGCGAACGCUUUCUCGACAAACCAGUAAUCGCUCUCGGCGUUUUCCUCAUGAUCGUCUCACUCGCCGGCCUUAUCGGCGCGUGCUGCCGCGUGACAUGGCUCCUAUGGGUCUACCUCCUUGUCAUGUUCUUACUCAUCGUUUUGCUCUUCUGUUUCACCAUUUUUGCGUUCGUUGUGACGAAUAAAGGCGCCGGUGAGGUGGUUUCCGGUAGAGGUUAUAAGGAGUACCGGUUGGGAGAUUAUUCCGGGUGGUUGCAGAACCGUGUGAGUAGUGAGAAGAAUUGGAAUAAGAUUAGGAGCUGUUUGCAGGAUAGUAAGGUGUGUAAGAGCUUGAUUGAUGACGGAUCUAGUGGUGCUCCGGUUCCGGUUAAUGAGUUUUAUAACAGGCAUCUGUCUGCUAUUCAGUCUGGUUGCUGCAAGCCUGCAGACAGUUGUGGUUUCACCUACGUGAGCCCAACUAGCUGGACCAAGACCAACACAACAGCAGCCACCAACCCGGACUGCAAUGCCUGGAACAAUGAUCAAAACAUCCUGUGCUACAACUGCCAAUCAUGCAAGGCUGGCUUGCUUGAUAACAUAAAGAGUGACUGGAAAAAGGUUGCUGUCCUGAAUGUGGUCUUCCUCGUGUUUCUCAUCAUUGUCUACUCCAUCGGCUGUUGUGCGUUUAGGAACAACCGUGAAGACAACUCUUGGAAACGCUACCCUUAGACUCGGAUGUUAUUAUUGUGUUUUCUUUUAAGUACUUAGAUCGUUUUUGAGAGAUGAUUACUUUCUUUGUUUAGGUGUAAAUAAUGGAUUGAGAUUCUUGUUCUUGGUAUUAUAAUUCUGUUAUAUUUUGUUUUA